ACUCAAAGUUAUAAAUCGAAAGGGGAACAACAAAAACAAGGGAACUCGUUAUUUUGUAGUUUAAACUAUAAAAAUCAUAACUAUACGAGUGGAAGAAAAUAGCGAGUUUUGAAAGAAAUUAUGGCAACAACACAAACAAAUUCUUGAAGAAAAUUUGCAAAUCGAAGAUUGCAAGAGAAUGGAGACCGAAAAUCUCUGUAAAUGACAGCAAUACGAGACUGAUGGAAAUCGUUGGAAUUUCUCAUGUACGCGAUUUAUCGCGAUCUCUACGAUCUCAGGACAGACGGUACAUGCAGGAAGCUCUCGAUCCGAGCUCAGUAUUAAUCGAGCCGUCCGAUAGCACGACAGGCAUACGAUGUUGUUAUGAGACCACCGGCACUUUGAGAGUUCGAUCAGAUCGAUAAAGUUCAUCGGACGCGAGAAACAUCUCGAUUGGUUUUAUAGUCGACGUUUUCUUUUGAUCAAUGAUGUAACCGCGUAAAAUACAAAGCGCGGAGGAUGGCGAGUGAUUCGGCGUCACCGCCGCCGAAAAAAAAGGUUCAAAUAGAGCGGAUCAUCGACAUGGAGGAUGUGACGGUGUCGGUCCCGACGACACCGAAACGGAUGACCUCGACGUCGUUGCUGCUGACACGAUGGCUGACGACGAAGAACACGCCCAGCUCCGAGCCGGAAACGAGCUGGUCGUCGGAGGAGCAUACUCUAGAGUAUGGCACUCCGCCGCCCAUCGAGGAGCCACAUUGUUAUUCGAUGUGUGCCAGCGAGAGUUCCUGCACCGAGGAGAUGAAUUGCAUGUUGCAGGUCAACAAAGGUACAAUCAGAAACCUUUUGACGGAGCAGAUGAGAAGCGUGGGCGGUCGGCUGCAUCUCCUAGACGAUCUCGAAGCGGGCAAGUUGGACUUAACUAAUCCCCAACGAGUCGUGAAGAUGUACAAGCGCCAGGAAAUUAACACUCUCCUGUUGCACGCCAGCUUCGUCGGCCGUUUAGAUCUUAUCGUCAAUCUCCAUAUGUCUGGAGCUGAUUUGAACUACACCGAACAGGAACAAGGUCUCACGCCGCUCCACCUGUGCGCGUUCAGCAACUCGUUGGAAGGCGUAGAAUAUCUCCUAGCGAACGGGGCGAUCAUGAGCUUGGAACGAACCCGCACGCCGUUCCAUUACGCUGCGUUCGGAGACGCAUUUGAAGUAGCUCAGUACCUCCUUCGCCUGGGAAUCCGCCAGGAAUCGCCAUGCUCCGAAGAAAGUGUAUUACACGCAGCGGCCAGGACGAACGCUUUGAACGUUUUGAGAUUAAUAGCGCCACAAAAUCCAGCUCUGAACAGCCUAGACUGCAACGGAUACGGGCCUAUACACCAUGUGGCAGACAGGGGGGACCCAGACUGCCUAACGGUGCUUCUAGAUGCCGGGUGUCAGCUGGACCUGAUGACCAGAAAGGGCGACACCGCUCUGCAUCUCGCCGCGGAGGCCAGUUGCGUGGAGAACGUCGAAAUCCUAAUCGAAAGGGGUGCGAAUGUUCAUUUCAAGAACCACAGAGGUCAGACGGCCUUGCACAUAGCCGCCCGGUCUCAAUCGUUGGAGUGCGUAGAGGUGUUGUUGAAGAAAGGCGGUUGCGAUCCCGACAUUGAAGACAACGACGAGAGGACGCCUCUCCACCUCGCUCUGGGGAGGUCUUUAUUAGCCUACGAUGUUACGGAGUUUCUUAUAAAGUGGAAGGCUAAUGUUAACAAAACCGACAAGUAUGGUUACACGCCGCUUCACGUUGCUGCUUUGAACGAGCUUUCUCAAUGCGUCGACAUACUGAUCCAACACGGAGCCGAUCUAAGCGCGAGAACAAAAGGCGGGACCAGUGCUCUGUCGAUCAUUCUACGCAAGACGCCGACGUCUUUGAAUGUGUUCAAGCAGAGGCUGGACACAUCGAUCACGCUCCAUCAGCACGGAUCUGCCACAGGCGAGGUGGAGCUUAGGCUCGAUUUCCAUCCUCUCCUGAUACACCAGCAUCAGGGCGAGAUCAGGUACCUGGGCACGUUCGUGAAGGAAGGGUACAAGGAAAUUCUAGAGCAUCCUCUCUGCCAGGCGUUCCUCCACUUAAAGUGGCAAAAGAUCCGCAAAUAUUACGUGGGCAGGCUAAUCUUCUACUUGUUCUACGUGCUCAUACUCACUGGAUGGGUAAUGACUGCUCUAGCGCACAAAUGUUACAAUGAAUCUCACGGCCAAUUGGACGCUACGCAACCGCCGCUCUGCGCGAACGCUACGGGUAUUAACGGCUUCCUCUACAGGCAUCCUGCGCUGCUGGAAGUCGAAUGGUACGCGCUGAUGGUGUUGACCAUCCUCGAGGCGAUCCGCAAGCUUACCAGCAUCCCAACCUACCUCUCCGUCCGCCAGUUCUUCACCCAGGCCGAGAACAUGGUCGAGUGGUGCGUGAUUCUGAGCGUAUUCGCUACCUCGUUCAUCUACACCGGCCGGACUUACCCCUGGCAGAACCAUGUGGGAGCGUUCGCGGUUCUUUGCGGCUGGAGCAACCUGAUGCUGAUGAUAGGCCAACUGCCUAUCUUCGGGGCCUACGUGGCCAUGUUCACUAGCGUCCAAGCACAGGUCUUCAAGCUAUUGUUGGCGUACGCUUGCCUCUUGGUGGGCUUCACCGCUAGCUUCUGCGUGAUCUUCCCGCGCUCCAAGUCCUUCAGCAGUCCCCACAUCGGUCUGAUCAAAGUCCUCGUCAUGAUGACCGGCGAGCUAAACUUCGAGGACCUCUUCUUCCCCGGGGAGGAGGACGGGAAGUCCACGGACGUGGGCGGCACCUCCUGGAUCUUGCUUCAGGUCUCCGCCCAGUUGUCCUUCGUGCUGUUCCUCCUGUUCGUCACCAUAGUUCUGAUGAAUCUAUUGGUAGGCAUAGCGGUGCACGACAUAAAGGGACUGCAAAAGACCGCCGGCCUGGCAAAGCUCGUCCGCCAGACGAAGCUAAUUUGCGACGUCGAGACCGCCCUCUUCCUGGGCCUGAUGCCGAAGAGGCUGACCAAGUUCCUGCGAUGGACCGCUCUGCUGCUGCCGUCUCCUCUCAGAGCCGUGCUUACCGUCAGGCCACUGAAUCCUAGAGAGACCAGAUUGCCGCGCGAUCUGCUGUCGGCUGCCCACAAAGUCGCCAAGGAACGGAAGAACAUGCCCGGGACCUUGUGCAGCAGGAAGAGUACCACCAACUGCACUUAUCUUAAGAGCGAGCCUUAUUCAACGAUCAGGAGGACACCGGCCGAGGAAUAUGUCUUCGCCGAUGAGACCGUGGUCCAGGGAGAGCUGACGAAUCUGAAGAAAAUUUGCGAGAAGAAUCAGGAGCUUCUUCAGGAUCUACUGCUGGUACUGAUGACGGACGAGCGUUACGGAACGAAAAAGGAAGAGGAUAAGAUAGCGGAGAAUCUGCCCAAAAUCAGCCUGAGAACAUCGUCGGUGAACAACGAGGGAAUACCGCGGUGUUACUCGUUGACCAGCCUGAGGGAUCGUCGCCUGUCAUUCGACGAGAACGAUUAUCGGCGAGCAACGGCGAAGAAGAACGACGCAGAGGUGGUCGACGACGAUGUUGACAGAACGAUCCGGACGAGGAUGAUAAAAUCGUUGACGAGCCACGAAAAGCGAACCAGACACUAUUCGUUGACCAGACUGAAGAGCCGACGUUCCUGCCUCUACUUCGACGAAGACAAAGACCUGCGGGUGGAGAAGGAGCUCGACGAGCAACAAGCGACCGUGCACACCUUGAAGCUGCCGCAGGCCCUCGAUGGAAAGGUCCGGCAUUGUUCCAUGUCCAACUUGAACGACCGUUCGAACGAUCUUCUGUCAACGCGGCUAGCUCCGACGUUCAGGUCCGUCAGAUACAGACAGAACAGCAACUCCGAGAAGAUCGUGUUCAACGACGCUCCUCGGGCGGACGCGGUGAACGAUCGGAUCGAGAUCGACGCCGGUACACCGCCGCCGGUCGACGAGUCGUUGUUCUACGACAACCUGGACGUGUUCCGGCAGGCUCACAUCAACGGGAAUGACCUGACCUCGAGAAUGUGGUCGAUCCUCACCACCGCGGAGAUGAAGCUGCUGCUCGAGCUGGAGAAGUGCAACGCGCUGCCAGAGUUACCGGCCGGCGAACGGAUAAAGAACAUCGCCUACGUGUGGUGCUGUUACAGAGGCAUGACGCACCUGCUGCCGAAGCUCGAGCAGAUCGGCGCGUGCCCCGAUUACGCGGUGCCCUGCACCGGCAUGAACGCGGUCCUCGCAGCGUCCCUCAGCGGAAUGGAGGACAAGAUAGCGGAGAAUCUGCCCAAAAUCAGCCUGAGAACAUCGUCGGUGAACAACGAGGGAAUACCGCGGUGUUACUCGUUGACCAGCCUGAGGGAUCGUCGCCUGUCAUUCGACGAGAACGAUUAUCGGCGAGCAACGGCGAAGAAGAACGACGCAGAGGUGGUCGACGACGAUGUUGACAGAACGAUCCGGACGAGGAUGAUAAAAUCGUUGACGAGCCACGAAAAGCGAACCAGACACUAUUCGUUGACCAGACUGAAGAGCCGACGUUCCUGCCUCUACUUCGACGAAGACAAAGACCUGCGGGUGGAGAAGGAGCUCGACGAGCAACAAGCGACCGUGCACACCUUGAAGCUGCCGCAGGCCCUCGAUGGAAAGGUCCGGCAUUGUUCCAUGUCCAACUUGAACGACCGUUCGAACGAUCUUCUGUCAACGCGGCUAGCUCCGACGUUCAGGUCCGUCAGAUACAGACAGAACAGCAACUCCGAGAAGAUCGUGUUCAACGACGCUCCUCGGGCGGACGCGGUGAACGAUCGGAUCGAGAUCGACGCCGGUACACCGCCGCCGGUCGACGAGUCGUUGUUCUACGACAACCUGGACGUGUUCCGGCAGGCUCACAUCAACGGGAAUGACCUGACCUCGAGAAUGUGGUCGAUCCUCACCACCGCGGAGAUGAAGCUGCUGCUCGAGCUGGAGAAGUGCAACGCGCUGCCAGAGUUACCGGCCGGCGAACGGAUAAAGAACAUCGCCUACGUGUGGUGCUGUUACAGAGGCAUGACGCACCUGCUGCCGAAGCUCGAGCAGAUCGGCGCGUGCCCCGAUUACGCGGUGCCCUGCACCGGCAUGAACGCGGUCCUCGCAGCGUCCCUCAGCGGUAAUGUCACCUGUAUCGAGCACCUGAUAAAACAGGGCGCCGACGUGAAUUGCCGAAAUCCGAUCAAUUACUACACGCCUCUUCACUUCGCCAUUCACAGGAACUCCGCGGACGCUGCGCGCGUGUUGCUCGACAACGGCGCGAAACCGACCACCUGCCUUUAUCAGGAGAUCGUCGAGCCGGUGUUACACUCCGCGAUCAGAGCGGGCGCGGUCGAGAUAGUGAAGCUGUUGCUGGACCGCGGAGCCAGCGUCGUCGAGAAGAACCAUAUGGGCGAGACGCCUCUUCACGUGGCCUGCUUCGUCCAGUCCAUCGAGUGCGUCGAACUGCUGCUCGACUCGCCCGGUACCAACAUCAACGCUGUGGACAGGGCGCACAGGACGCCGCUACAUUUCGCCGUGAUGACCACCCAUUCCUCCGCGAAGCUGGUCGACGUCCUGCUGAAACGCGGCGCCCUGGUCAACGCCGCCGACCGGACCGGCUUCACUCCUCUUCAUGUCGCCGCGCUCAACGAACAGUCCCAUUGCGUGGACGUGUUGAUCUGGGCUGGCGCGGAUGUUAGCGCGACCACCAGCGCGGGCUUGUCCGCUCUGAACAUCAUACUCAGGAAGAUACCCGAGUCCCUGCAGGUCUUCAGGCAGAGGCUCGACGCGUCGAUCACGCUCCGGAGACCCGUGCCCCACAACAGGGAGUUCGAGAUGAGGCUGCACUUCGACCUGCUGUUCCCCAGCGGCAACCAGUGCGAGACCAGCUUCAUCAACACCUUCGUGCAAGAACGCCGGAAAGACCUGCUGUCGCAUCCGCUGGUGAUGGCUUUCCUCCAUCUGAAAUGGGAGAAGAUCCGUAAGUUUUAUCUGCUCAGGAUCCUCCUGUACGCCAUGACCGUGAUCUGCAUGACCACUUACGUGCUCACCGCGCUCGCCUACAAGUGUUACAAUUACGACGACGCCAGCAGCUCGAAGAUCUGCAACAGCAAACGGCUGUCCGGCUUUCUGUUCAGGAGGCCUGCCAUCGAGAUCCAGUGGUACCUUCUGUUCAUCUUCACCUGUAUCUCCAUACCCAGGAAAAUAUUCGGCUUCAUGGUAUACACGUCGGCGAAACAGUACUUCUCGAACAUCGACAACGUCCUGGACGGUGUCGUCAUCAUCAGCGUGUUCGUCACCUCGUUCGUGUACACCGGCCGCACCUACGAUUGGCAGAACUACGUCGGAGCGUUCGCGAUACUCUGCGCGUGGACCAACCUGAUGCUGAUGGUCGGCCAGUUGCCGGCUUUCGGCACCUACGUGGCCAUGUUCACCCACAUACAGUUCGAGUUCGCGAAACUGUUGCUGGCCUACUCCGGGCUGCUAAUAGGCUUCACCGUUAGUUUCUGCGUGAUCUUCGUCGGGGAACCAUCGUUCGGCAACCCGUUCACCGGACUGAUCAAAGUGCUGGCCAUGAUGGCCGGCGAGCUGGACUUCGAGGGUCUGAUCACGCAGAUCGACCAGGAGACCGAGGGACCGUUCGUGAUUUACCAUCCUCUCUCGGUUUGCUCGCAGAUCCUGUUCACUUUGUUCAUCGUGUUUGUUACCGUAAUCCUGAUGAACCUGCUGGUCGGCAUCGCCGUCCACGACAUUCAAGGGCUGAGGAACCAUGCCGGCCUCACGAAACUGGUGCGACAGACCAAACUGAUCCUCUUCACGGAGAUGGUCCUUCAUAACAGUUCCAUACCGUACGCUUUUCGCAAGUGGAUGUCCGACCACAAGAUCAACGUGGAGAACAGGAAGAGAGUUCUAGUGGUGAAACCGCUGAACCCUUUGGAGAAGAGGCUGCCGAAGGACAUCCUAAAGGCGGCGUACGAAAUCGCUCAGAAGAAUAUACCGUUCAUGAACGACGACAGUAUCAGUCUCAGCGACCACGUGAUGUGGAUGAGACAGCAAAGCGAGGAAUAUUCGGACUCGAAUUUGCAGCUGGUCGUCGAGAACCUGGCCAACAAGCUGCAGUCCUACGAGGAAACCAUCAAGUCGUUGAAGGAGCAGCUUUUGGACACUAACAAAACGUUGGAAAAUGUUGUGAAGAAUCUGACCAAGGAAAAACGAAACUGACACGUCCCCCCUUAGAUUGUAUUCCCAUUAGUAUUUACGGAUAUGGGCGGCAAAGUUGAUAUUGAAGCAACCGUUUCUGGUGGCGGCCCUUCUGCACAAUCC